AAUCACGGUGUGAGUUUUGCGGCCCACAGCCGUAGUGUUGGUGGGUGAUUCAGUGCGCUGUGAGCGGGGUCGGCUCUGGUGACAGUGGUCAUGUGACAUGGUGGUCAGCUGUCUCCUCCAGGAACAUGAGUACUACUUCUCCUUCCAGAGCUGCCGCUUCUCCGGUCACGGCGAGCCCCAGAGCCCGGGACAACGUCUAUUCUGUGACACCAGCAGCCCAACUUAUCAUUAAGGAUGUUGGAGAAAUCCAUUCUAGGCUGUUGGAUCACCGGCCAGUUAUCCACGGAGAGACACGGUAUUUCAUUAAGGAGUUUGAGGAAAAGAGAGGAUUUAGAGAACUAAGAGUACUUGAAAAUGUGAAAAACAGCAUAUCUGAAACCAAUGAUCCUGUUCUUCCAAAAUGUAUAGAUACAAUGCAAGACCAGCUGGGGUUGGUGCUAAAAACCUUGGAAACUGCCAAUCAUACCAUCUGCAGGCUCCAGAAGCAAGAGCAGGAGCAUGCAAAGAGCGGUGCAGAGAAAGCUGGUCAUGAGAAACUUUGUGCUAGGUGGGAAGCAUUUCUGAAGGAACAGGAACAAAGACGUCUGGAAGUUGAUGAAGAGCAGCGUAAAGCAGUGCAGCGUCUGAGGGAACAAUAUGUGGAGAUUAACCGAGAACUUACCAAAAUGGCUUCCUUCUAAUAAUUUUCCUACGCAUAUCAAGUUGGCCUAGUUACCUGUUUGCUAUUCUGUUGAGCUGUAAAAAAAAAAAA